AUGCGGCUCUUCCACUCCGAGGCCAGCACAGUAAAGCUAGCGGAGCCCCAAGACGAGUCACUCGCGAACCCACCAGGGCCCGCCCAUCUGCCGUUGGAAGCCAUCAGUGCCCUCGAUUGGGAUGAGUGGUUCCGAGGCGGGCUGCCGAUCGGGCCGACAGAAUAUAUGACAGAUCAUUAA